AUGGCUGCUGGUUCUGCUACUCGAGAUCCCAUAGAGGAUCUCUGUGAGGAAGCCACUUGUUCCAUUUGCCAGGAGUAUUUCAAGGAUCCUGUGACCUUAGAAUGUGGGCACAAUUUCUGCCAAGCUUGCCUGACUCAGGACUGGGCUGCAUCGGGAACUACAGAGACCUCCUGCCCUCAGUGCAAGGAAAAAGUUCUGCAAAGCAACCUCAGACCAAAUCACUCCCUAGCCAAAUUUGUCGAAAUAGCCAAGAAAUGCAGCCUUCAGAGAACUAAGAGGGCAGAAGGGAGUGAGAGAAUCUGUGGGAAACACCAGGAGCCCCUCAACCUUUUCUGUAAAGAUGACGAAGUCUUCAUUUGCGAGGCGUGCAACAAGUCCAAGGAGCACAUUGAUCACAGAGUGAUUCCUUUAGGACCAGCUGCUCAAGACUACAAGGCGUGCGCCUGUGCCACCCAUGAUGGGGCCCCUGACCCUUUGACAGCUCGCUGUAAGGCAUUUGCUUGGUUCUUUGUGGAUAGUCGUUCUGAUUAUCUCCACAGAGAGCUCGACAGGCGGAAUGUGUCCUUGUUGGUUGUCCUGGACCUCUCAGCGGCCUUCGUUACCAUAGACCACAGUAUCUUUCUUGGUCGCCUUGCAAGGAUGGUUCUUGGAGGUACUGUUUUGCAGUGGCUCCAGUCCUUCAUGGAGGAUCGCACUCAGAAGGUGGGCUUGGCUUCUUCUGCUGCUAAAGAUCCCAUUGGUUAUGAAGUCACUUGUUCUAUUUGCCUGGAGUAUUUCAAGGAUCCAGUGACCUUAGAAUGUGGGCACAACUUCUGCCGAUCGUGCAUCACCCAAUACUGGGAGAAGUCCGUCACUCAGGAGACCUCCUGUCCUCAGUGCAGGGGAAAGGUCCAACAAAGGAACCUCAAGUCAAAUUGGCAGCUAGCCAACAUAAUAGAAAUCACCAAGAAACUACCAAAGGGGCAGAAAAGGGCAGAAGACAAGGAGAAAGUCUGUGGGAAACAUCAGGAGGCCCUGAAGCUUUUCUGUAAAGAUGAUGAAAUUCCCAUUUGUUGGAUGUGUGACAGAUCCAAGGAGCACAAAGAUCAUACAGUGAUCCCCGUGGAGGAGGCUGCUCAAGACUACAAGGAGUUGAUGAGUGUUCGUCAGGAUAUUCUGGAGAAGGAGAAAGAAAAAAAUCUGAUAUAUAAAGCAGAAACAAACAAGGAAGCCCAAGUCCUUCUUAAGCAAAUAGAAGAAAAAAUGGAAAAAACCUUAGAAGAAAGCACACAAGUGCGUCAGUUUCUAGAAGAACAAGAGAAACAUAUUCAGGUCCAGAUGGAAGAGCUGAAGAAGCAGAUUACAAGGGAAAGAGAUGAGCACUUGGUCCAAUUAUCCCAGAAUGUUUCCUCUCUGGAAAGUCUUAUACAGGAGAUGAAAGAGAAAUGUCAGCAUCCACCAGUUGAACUGUUGCAGGAUGUGAGAAGCAUUUUGCAGAGGAGUGAAGAGAAGAAAAUAUUUGAGAAACCAAUGGCUUUCCUUCCAAAUUUGAAAUGGGAAGUCUGGGAGUUUUGUGAUCUAAACUCUGGUCUAUCUGCUGUUAUGAAGCAAUUCCGAGGUACUCUAUUACCCAAGCUAGAGCUUCAGAAAGCAAAUGUCUCUUUGGAUCCAGACACAGCAUGUGCCUGUCUUGUCGUGUCUGAAGAUCAUCAGAGAGUGAGAUGGGAAGCCAAGAAUCAAGACGUGCCUGACAAUCCGGAGAGAUUCAACCCCCGGGCUUAUGUGUUGGGACACGAGGGCUUCACAAAGGGCAGGCAUUUCUGGGAAGUUGUUGUGGAAACAGAAGGAGGCUGGUCUGUGGGGGUAGCCAAGAAGUCUGUCAGGAGAAAAGGCCCUGUUACCAUUAGUCCUGAGGAAGGGAUCUGGGCUGUGGGGAACUGGUCAGGGAGCUAUCGUGCUACCAUUCACCCUUCAAGCUCUGCUCUGUACCUGACUGAAAAGACCAAGAGAGUCAGAGUGUGUCUGAACUGUGCUGUAAAUCAGUUGGCUUUUUACGAUGCUGAUACAGGAGACCAGAUCUACAAACUCUCAAAUGUCCCAUUCAUCGGAGAGACUGUCGUCCCAUUCUUUUACGUAGGUAGAGGCGGCCACCUCAGAGUCUCACUUUAAAGCAGCCUGGUCACAAGCAUUGCAUUUUAAACUGGAAAGGUUAUAAUAGAGUGGUGAAACUCUUCUCAGCAAGUGUUAAUGAUAUAUAGAAAAUUGUUUCUGAUGUUAUUUUACAUUAUUUUAAGAUAAUUGUAUUGACUGUAUUCUGCCCUGAGCGUGUUGUGAGAGAUGAACUAUUUUAUUGAAUAAAUAUAAAUAAUAUAAAACUUGAAAUAUAUUUCCCACUGAGGCCCCAUCUACACUGCCAUAUAAUCCAGUUUCCGAAUCCAGAUUAUCUGCUUUGAAUUGGAUUCUAUGAUAGUGUAGAAACAUAUAAUCCAGUUCAAAGCAGAUAAUCUGGAUUCAGAAACUGGAUUAUAUGGCAGUGUAAAUCCAGCCUGACUGAUGCCCUUUCUUAUUUCUCCAAAGAAGGUUUUACCAGCACCAGUCCACAAAACACUCUCAUUCAUUUUUAACAAAGGCUGUCUUAAAAUCUCACUUAAAGCAGCCAAGCCCACCCCACAGCUCUUGUUCUCUAAACUGGGAUAGUUGUAAUACAAUGGUUAAAUUGUUCUUGACAAGUGUUUCUAAAAUGUUCAAAAUUAUUUCUGGAUUUGUUUUAAAUUCUUUUCAGAUGAUUUUAAUGACUGUACUCUGUCCUAAGAGUGUUAAGAAAGUGCAAACUUGAACUGGGUUAAUGAGUAAACAUAAAUAAUUUUUCUUCUACAUUGCCAUAUAAUCCAGAUUAUCAAGCAGAAAAUUCACAUUAUCUCCUUUGAACCAGAUUAUAUCAGUCUUCACUGCCAUAUAAUCCAGUUCAAAGUAGAUAAUCUGGAUUUUAUAUGGCAAUGUAGAAGGAGUGAGGCACUUUCUCAUUUCUGCAAAAGCCCCCAAGGAAGUUUACUCAAGUCUCUCUCUUCAAACCUCCCUCCUC